GUGGCGUCAAAAGGUGCUGGUUUGAAUCCAAAUGCAAAGGUAUGGCAGGAAAUUCCACAAGGAAGCACUGAAGUUUCACAAACUGUCAAUGGCACUGAAGAUUCUUGGGAUGAGGCAGGAGCCGCAACAGAGUCUCAUACAGUAGGCAAUUUAGAAAGUCGGAACGAGGCUUGUAAACCAUUUGAAGUAAUGUAUCCCACCUCUUGUGAAGUGAACAGGAAUGGUCUUCAUGUAGAGGAAACGGCUGCAAAUGGAAUGGACUUAUUAGUACAGGACGAACUUGGAUAUCAAAUGUUUGAUGUAUCAGGUGAGUCUGCAGAAGCUGUUUCUGCUGAGGACCUUAAAGAGUGUUUAAAAAAACAACUUGAAUUUUGCUUUUCAAGAGAGAACCUAUCAAAAGAUUUAUAUCUAAUGUCACAAAUGGAUAGUGACCAGUUUGUACCAAUAUGGACUAUUGCAAACAUGGAAGGAAUUAAGAAGUUGACCACUGAUAUGGACCUCAUUGUUGACGUUCUUCGCUCUACUCCUGUGGUGCAAGUUGAUGAGAGAGGCGAAAAAGUGAGACCAAAUCACAAGCGAUGUAUUAUCAUUCUACGUGAAAUCCCAGAAACCACUCCUGUAGAGGAGGUGAAAGCAUUAUUUGAUAAUGAAAAUUGCCCCAAAGUAAUAAGCUGUGAGUUUGCUCACAAUAACAACUGGUAUGUUACAUUCCAGUCUGAUACUGAUGCACAGCAGGCAUUUAAAUAUCUAAGGGAAGAAGUUAAAACAUUUCAGGACAAGCCAAUAAUGGCUAGGAUAAAAGCCAUCAACACAUUCUUUGCAAAGAAUGGAUAUCGAGCAGUGGACUCCAGUGUGUACACUCAACCUGUUCAGACUCAAGCACAGUUUGCCUCGCCUCUAUUUAUGCAGCCUGUAUAUAGUCCUCAACAGUAUUCACUUUAUAAUCUUGUGCCUCAAACAUGGUCUCCAAGCCCAGCACCUUACUUUGAAACACCGCUGGCUCCGUUUCCUAAUGGUGGCUUUGUGAAUGGUUUUAAUUCUUCAGGCUCUUAUAAAACAAGUUCUGCCUCAAUAAGUAUAGGAAGACCUUUCCAUAGAGGCCGUGUGAAGACUCAAUUUCGAUCAUCCACAAACUCUUCAGAAAGGACUGACAGUGGCACAACAGGUCCUGUAUCAUUAGCAGACCUAAAUGUAAAUAGAGCACGCUCUUUCCCCACAGAAAGGCACAACACAUCUUUAACCGGGCACCAGGAUGUUUUUUUCAAAAGACACAUUGUCUCUACAUCCAGAGCAGAAUGGUUCAGAUGGAGGGGUCCGAGGCAGGAGAAGUGCUUUUAGAGGCAGAAGACGAAGAGAUGAUGACCGCACCACUCACCCUUUGACUACAAUGGAAGAUAUGGCACAGACACCAAAGUUUGACUUAUUAGCAUCCAAUUUUCCUCCACUGCCUGGAAGUAUAGCAAGCACACCUGGAGAGCCGGUACUUGAAAGCAGGAUGGCUGAUGUUGUGAAAGGGAUUUGCAAAGAAAAAGAAAGUAAAGAAUUGCCUCCAAAUAUGUCUACUCAUACUCAGGAUGAACCUUCAAAAAUCACUCCUCCGCAGUCAGUGACAUGCUCCAUACACAGUACUGCAGAGGAUGUUACCCCACUUCCGGC